CUCACUCACUUUUAUGAGGCUAAAGUCUGAAACAGACAGAACUACACUACAGUCUGAUUAUUACAACUUAUUUUAACCCGGUUAGACUAGAUAACUGAAACAGAGUAACAGAAAUGAAGCUAAUUAUACUGACAGAUUAUGAUAAAGCCAGCGAGUGGGCAGCCAAGUACAUCCGAAAUAAAAUAAUCCGAUUUAAUCCAGGUCCGGACAGGUUCUUUACUCUCGGCCUUCCGACAGGCAGUACUCCACUUGGAUGCUAUAAAAAGCUGAUUGAGUGUUAUAAAAAGGGAGAAAUAUCAUUUCAGUAUGUGAAGACUUUUAACAUGGAUGAGUAUGUAGGUCUACCCAGAGAUCACCCAGAAAGUUAUCACUCCUUCAUGUGGAACAACUUCUUUAAGCACAUCGACAUUAGAUCAGAGAACACACAUAUUCUAAAUGGCAAUGUUCCAGAUCUGCAGAAGGAAUGUGAUGACUUUGAGGAGAAGAUUAAAGCCGCUGGGGGGAUUGAUCUUUUCGUUGGUGGUAUUGGACCUGAUGGUCAUAUUGCUUUCAAUGAGCCUGGCUCUAGUCUUGUGUCUAGAACCCGGGUGAAGACCUUGGCUAUGGACACCAUCCUGGCCAAUGCUCGUUUCUUUGAUGGAGAUCUGUCCCAAGUCCCUACCAUGGCUCUCACUGUUGGAGUCGGUACAGUGAUGGAUGCUCGUGAGGUGAUGAUUCUUAUUACUGGUGCACACAAAGCAUUCGCCCUUUAUAAAGCCAUAGAAGAAGGUGUAAACCACAUGUGGACGGUCUCAGCGUUUCAGCAACACCCUCAAACCAUCUUUGUGUGCGAUGAGGAUGCAACACAAGAGCUGCGGGUCAAGACCGUGAAAUACUUUAAAGGAAUGAUGCAUGUGCAUAAUAAACUGGUGGAGGAACCUUGAUUUAGUAGCUGAAAUGAGAAGAAGAGACAGCGUUCCUGCAGUAAAGAAAUGUGAUUGGAAAUCAUGGCAGGUUACGCAGAUGUGUAACAAUUUUAUUAUGAUGUUAAGUAAUGUUUUAUAUUUUGAUUAUUAUUCUACUAGUACAUUAUAGCUUAAUUUCUUUAUUUUAAAAUGUUGACAAACAUGUAUAAGUGAGAAGAACUCAUGGGCUCUGAUGAUUCAUCAGUUGCAUAAUGCUGUGCUAUACACUUCAUAUGCUGGGUCCCCUAACUCCAUUGAGACUUGUUUUACUUAUGUGACCACACUUAUUGUUUAAGGGACUAAGACAACACACCACUACUCCCUUCACCAACAGCAUUCUGAUUGCUGCUGUUUACACGUAAAUCUGAUAUUGCCACAAGUUGCAGUAGAAAUUAAGAUUAAUUAACUUUUCUAGAUCUUGUAAGCACUAACAAAUGUAUGUUUAAAACUUUCCUUUACUGACUGUAACAAAAGUGACCUUACGUUUGCAAUUCCUUUAUAUGUUUUACUUAAUAAAUACUUAAUUUUUUGUAUAAAUUGA